GAGUCCCAAAAUCAGUGAUGCAUUUGUUUAUGAUCAUCUAAAACAAGAACUUUGUGAAAAAGACCUUGAAAACACUGAUGCUGUAACACGGGGCUUUCACUCAGCUGUCUUGGGAGUAGAUGAUGUUCUUGAGGUUAAAGAGACAGCAAUAAUGUCCGAUCACUUAGAUUCAAUACAAAAAGAGAAGGGAAUAUUAUCUGACUUGCCUUGCUUUGCUGUCAAGGAGACAGAAAUUCUAUCUGAUGAGCCACUUUUAACUGAAAACAAGAUAAAUAAUGCUUCUGAACAGAUAAGCCCUCCUCCUGAUGACUCAACAACUUCAGCAUUGGCUGUAACUCCCAUGGAGCUAAUUGGCACACAAGAGAAAAAUUAUGUAGUAGAAACAUGUGGCUCUUCGUUUGCAGAAACCAAAUUCAUACAGGCUAAAUCUGACCAAAUGGAAUUGUUACCAUGUAACACAGAAACAGCCAUUGAGGACAAGCAGGAUUCUUCCAUUAUACCCAUUCCACCAGUAGCUCCUGAUAUAGAUACAUCAAGAAGUGACCUUUCUUCUAUCAGUGCUUUCCAAGCUACUUUACCAGCUGAGCCGGCACCUUCUUCCCCAGCAAUCAGAAGCCCAACGUUCCCACCAACUGACUCUUUAAGUUUUACUCAGAAGCUGCGCAGUGUUCUCCACUCUGAGAGGUCAUUCCCCAAAAAGAUGAUGACACCCACAUCUUCUGAGCCUCUGGUUCUUCCCCCAAGUCCCAGGCUGUGCAUAGAAGGAGCAGCCAAUGAAAGGAGCUCUGAUUCUGAGGAAGCCUUUGAAACCCCAGAGUCUACAACACCGGUGAAGUCAGCACCUCCGGUCCCUAUUCCGGCCCUUCCAGAGGUUCAGGAACAACAGCCUCAGCAGCGCCAGGAGCUUGAGGACAUUCCCCUCCCUCCUUCAAAGCCUGAAGAUCCAGCUCCAGAGCAAAGUUUGGAGAACACACAAGCUCCUAACGAGACACCUGCCGAGAAUAUUUCUGAUUCACCGUUCCGUCAGCCUUCUCGCUCAUUUUCUGUAGUGUUUGAUGAAGACAAGCCCAUAGCAAGUAGUGGUACAUACAACUUGGAUUUUCCUGCCGUCGUUUCAGCAAAAGUUAUUUCUGCAUCUUCAGAAUCCUCCUCCAAAACCCGUCGCAAAUCCACGGACUCCGUGCCUACUAGCCGUAACACUUUGUCCCGCUCACUUAGUUUGCAGGCUGCUGAUUUCCAGCUUGAUGAUGUGGUGAGUGGUCAAGGAGGAUCUGAGAGUGCUGGUAAUACUCUUCGCAGGUCUAAGAAGGCAAGGCCUGCAUCUCUAAAGAAAAAAGCAGCAAGCGCUAAGAAUCAGACAGAGGCUGUUAUCACCAAGGACACUCAGUCAUUGUCAACAGGGCCACAAGAAGCAGAAGAGCCCAAAAGUCUACAGGGUACAUCUGCUCCAUCACCUCCUCCAACAGAUACAGAGCUGCCUUCAGGUAGAGAGCAAGAAACAACAUCUGUUUCUUCCUUAGAGGUUACCUCUGUGGAUCCUGAGCUGAGCAGCGUCACGAGUGCGCCUGUCAGUGACUCCUGUCCUCUACAAGUAACAGGAAGAGUGUCCCCACCAUUGCCUACCCACCAGAAACUUGAGGUGACUCCAGUAGGCCCUGAAGUACCAGAAAACCCUACAGUGGUUGGGCAAUCAGUGAGGCUGGAGUUCGAUUAUUCUGAGGAGGCACGGGAGGGUCAGCCUCCUGUAAGAAAAGGCAAAAAACCCUCAGGCAAAAUGCCUCUACGGAAACUCAAGCCUAAGAAGGCAGUUGAAAAGCUCGAUGCUCUACCUGGACCUCCCAGUUCCAUUUCUACAGAUCCGGAUGAUAUUCCUAUUGGUAAAGGAUCAUAUUCAUAUAAUAUGGACAAUUGGGAUGAUCCAAACUUUAAUCCCUUCUCUUCCAGUGUAAAACUACAGGAUCCACCAUCUACAAUUCAGGAAUUACCUGAACCAUGCAAGCCCAUUGUCCAGAGAUCAGAGUCUCCUGCAAAAACACCAGCUUCCUUCGAAAUACCAACAAAUGAUGCAGAACAGAAUGGAGAAAGCAAUAAACCAGCCAAGAAGAAGAAGCCUCCUUUAAAGACGAUGGUUGAAGAUGUCGUGUCUGUCUGUUCUCUCUUUGACACAUUUAGGGUGAAGAAGUCACCAAAACGCUCUCCAGUUACUGAAAAUGGCUCUGAGGACCUGACAGUACUCUCCAAGUCAGACAUUCCCCCUGUGAUAGCUUCUGAAGAUCACGCCACUGAUGAGGAGAAGCUAGCCUCUUCUGUUGGUAGCCAGAAAUGGACCUGCAUGGCGGUGGAUUUGGAACCAGACAAACAAGACUAUCCCCAACCAUCUGACUUGACCAGCUUUGUCAAUGAGAGUCAGUUUCACUCAUCCACAGAUGAUCUAGAUUAUGGAAGCUCAUACAGCAUUGAAUACAUGGAGAAAACCGGCAAGUGCUCCCCGCUCCGGGACGUGUCUCAGCCCCAGUCUCUAUACCUCAUGUUUGAGGCAUCAGAGGACAGCCCAGGAAAAUCUCCUGCCAAGUUUUCAGAGUCUUGCUCCCCAGCGACGGACUUUGAGACCAUGGAGUCUAAUAUAUGCUCCGGACAGCUGCCCCUCUCCAGAUCUCCACCCAUAAUGCAGGACAGUACCCGCCAAGCUUUGGAGAGGUCACGGCCCAAAGAGGAUGAGCCAGAGCUGAUUGGAAGUGGAAAAAUGGAACUGGGCUCUCCUGAUGAUGAAUAUGUAGCUUCUGAAGCAUUGUUGUCACGGAUUGCACAUCACAAUGCUCUCUGUGACCAGCUGAGUUACCUAGAACCGGAUCUAGCAGAGAAGAACCCACAAGCAUUUGCACAGAAACUACAGCCUGAGGCAUUGGACUCAAGUGAUUUAGGCCUCUUACAUAAAUCACUUUAUUCACGGUCAGUGACUAUGGAGACAGCUGGAGGUGGCCAUUUACAUGCCUAUCAACAAUCUGACUUUGAAGGAGCUCUUCAGCUUGCCAGAGAAGAGAUUGCAGCUAAGGAUAGAGAAGUCACAGAUUGGCAGAAGAAGUAUGAAGAGAGUCGCCGUGAAGUGGUGGAAAUGAGAAAAAUAGUUGCAGAGUAUGAGCAAACGAUUGCCCAGAUGAUUGGCAGCCCAGAGGAUGACCAGAGAGAGAAGUCCAUGUCACACCAUACAGUACAGCAGCUGAUUAUAGAGAAAGAACAAGCACUCUCUGACUUGAAUUCAGUGGAGAAGUCACUGGCAGAACUCUUUCGGAGAUACGAGAAAAUGAAAGAUGUGCUGGAAGGCUUCCGAAAGAAUGAGGAGGUGCUGAAGAAGUGUGCUCAGGAAUAUCUGGCACGAGUGAAGAAGGAGGAACAGCGGUACCAUGCUCUGAAAAUUCAUGCUGAGGAAAAACUUGAUAGGGCUAAUGCAGAUAUUGCCCAGGUGCGUGGUAAGUCUCAGCAGGAACAGGUAGCCUACCAAGCCAGUCUGAGGAAGGAGCAGCUCAGAGUUGAUGCUUUGGAGAGGGCCUUGGAACAAAAGAAUAAAGAGGUUGAAGAGCUCACCAAGAUUUGUGAUGAACUUAUUGCUAAGAUGGGAAAGAGUUAACCUGGUGCUUCAUCUUUUGGGAUGCUUGGUUUUCAAGCAGAGUGCAAUCUGGAUGAUGUAGGGAAGGACUGAUCCAUUUUAUGUGUACCUUGGAUAUAGAGAAGUGGCACCUGCGACUAAUCGUGUCACAAGAAGCAUAUGAUGCCAGCUUCCUUUCCGCAUGCCCUUCCUGUAUCAGGAAGGCAGAAAAAAAACUGGCCUUGCAUCUCCAUGCGUUUUUAUCUUAUUUUAUAUGGGAGUUAUCCUUCGUUCUGCAUUGUGUCAAAGAGCUGUGAGCUCAUUCUACGUCCUGCUGGGCAAGACUGCAUCAUGUUUUAAACUCUUUAUAAGAGGCUGAGGGGUUGCUUUCUUCACUGGAUUGCUAUUUAAGUAGGUCGAAAGAUGAAAGAUGUCCAGCUCAUACUCGCAUGAUUUGGAGUGCUGUAAAUAAAUCUGUAUUAUGCAAACACUGGAGAACCCAUUUUUCCCCUUUGAGAAAUCUCUUGCUGGAAUUGCUACCAUCUUGUUAUUGUUCUUACUUCUGAUAAAAUCGAUUUGUCUGUUUGAGAGCUGCACUAUCCUGAAAUACACAAGAAUAGCUUCCAGAUUUGCCAAAUAUCUGUACAUUGCCGGCAAAUAAAUGGUUUAACCCUGCUGCUGA